AUGGCCAAGAAAGCCAAGUCUCGUACCGUCGCCGUUCGUCUCAUCUCCAUGGCCAUGACUGGCUUUUACCGGACGAUGAUCAGACCUCGUACCCAUCGCCCCCUGAGCAUGCUCAAAUAUGACCCCGUCGUGAAGAAGAAGGUGCUAUUCCUGGAAGCGACAAAGGGCGGAAGAGCGAAAUGA